AUGGUGUCGUCGCAUCGCAGUGACGGGGUCACUUCGUUGACGCUGCGGGGGCCGUCGUCCGUGGUCGGGACCAGCUCCAGCGGCCGGGGGACGGGGUUACACGGUUCGUCUCGAUCGCGACGAUACAACCGUUCCCACGCCGGCGGCGCCUCCUUCAUACCGCAGAACGAGUUCCCCGUCUUCAGCCACAGCGGCGAUGUCGAGAUCGUCGUGCGUGUUCCAACCGGGCACGAGAACCGCUAUCUCCUCCACCGACAUAUCCUCACGCGCUGUUCCGGCUUCUUCGAGGCCAGCACGAGUAACGAAUGGUCGCGCGCCCAACCGGUGCCGGAGCUGCCAGCUCCAGGGACGGCCGGCGCGAUAGAAGCGGGUGGCGCAUGGGGCGGGGAGCUUGCGCGGAUAGACGAUCGAGGGGGCAGCAGUGAUGAAGGGGGCAAACCAGGGCCGGUGUCUUCGGCGCAAACCAAGAAAAGGUGGAGGUAUGAGCUUGACUACGGGUCAGAUGACAACGAUAUACCGAUGCUGGUGCAGAAGGAGGAAAACAACAUCAACCCGCCACCAGCCGCGAGCUCGAUAUUCGGCGGCGCACCGUCCGGUCACUCUUCCAGCCGACACUCACAUCACAAGUCAGCGUCACAUUCUUUUUUCCGAUCCGUUGCGAACCUGACACUAUCGCACACUACUUCCCUACCGCCCCCAACCCCAGAAGAGCAGGAUCUAUUACGGGACUAUGACAACCUCUUCCGCAUCAUGUACAACUACCCACCGAACCUCGACGGCAUCAACAUCGCCGACGGCUACGUCCAGUGCAAGUCGCUGCUCACCCUCGCAGACCAGUACGACGCCCUCGGCGUGGUCGGCCCGCGCGUCGACCACCACAUGCUCCAGUUCCAGUCGCGCCUGUGGAAGCAGAUCGCAAAGUACCCCAUCAGCUACCUCCGCCUCGGCUACCUCGCCCGGUCCAAAGUCAUCUUCCAGGAGGCUCUGAUUCACGUGGUCGGCCAGUGGCCGGCCGGCGAGCGCUCCAUCCGCGCGGCCCUUCCCGAAACAGUCGUCGACAUCAUCGAGGACAAGGUCGACGAGCUCGAGGAGACGGUUAGCCGCGUCGAGGCUCGCCUUUUUCGACUGACGUUGACCACCCGCUCGGGCGAGCGCGUCACGCCCGCCACGGGGUACCUCGACUGGCUCGCAGUCAGCCUCUUUCGCCAGUGGCUCGCGGACAACACCUCGCCUAGACCACCGAUGAUGAUGUCGGCACCCGUUCUUCCGAAUGACCGCAGGGGCGCCGGCAACAACGCUCUUGAUUCCUCCGCCGCUGCGGGGCCGAGGAGCAGGUUGGGGAGUACCAGCAGCGGCAGCGGAGGGAGCGCGGCAAACGGCCGGUCUUCGGGGAAUCAUCACCACAGCGGCCAGGCCCACGGCAAUAGGAACAUGCAGGUUGCGCACCCAGGCAACGCGCCGCCGAUACAACAACCCACGCUUGCGUCGCUGGGGCGGACGUACAGGUUGCUCGGGGCCGGGCCCGAGGAGAAGAUUGGGGGUUACCUGGGCCACGACGAGUGCAAGCGGUUUCUGAAACUCACGCCGGAGCUGUAUACCCGGGAUAACCUGCGCAAGUUUGAGAAGAGGAUUGACGAGUUGAAAACCAUGGCGCGCGAGGUGGUCCGGCCGCUGAUGGGGAGCGGUUUGGAGUUGGAGAUGGUUUAUGGGGCCGGGGCUGCCGGGAUCGGGUACUUGACUUGUACUACGGUCAGGGAUAGGGAUUUGCCGUGGGCUUAUGACUGA